UUCCUGCUCGAGAGCCUGCUCCACCACUUACCUGGACCUGGAGAGGCCGAGGGAGGUCUGAGCGGCCCGAGGUGGAUCCCCGAGAGCAGAGCCAGCGACCACCCCCUGGGCUGUCGGUGGCGAUCGUAGAAACUAGAAUGAAUCGAAGCAUUCCCGUGGAGGUUGAUGAAUCAGAACCAUUCCCGAGUCAGUUGCUGAAACCGAUCCCAGAAUAUUCUCCAGAAGAGGAAUUGGAACCACCUGCCCCAAAUACAAGGAACAUGGCACCCAGCAGCUUGUCUGCGCUCCAGUGCCCUCCCCUGAAACUUGCAAAUCACCGGCCUGUGUCACAGCAGGUCACCUGCCUUCGAGCUAAAGUCCUGGAGGAGGGUGAAGCCAGUUUCUUCAGAAGGCACCCUGACCUUGGCAGGGAUGUCUCCUCGUGCCCCUCUGAAGCCAGUGAGCCUGAGUGUGUGUCUGAGCUUGGAGCCCUCCCUCCAGAGCAUCGCUUUACACUUUUGGAGAAACGCAAUAGAUGGCUGGGUUCUCGGCUUUCAGCAGCUUCUCCUGACACUGGCCACGACUCAGACAAAUCGGACUCAAGUUUACUUAACGCUUUGGUGGACUCAUCCAGUGGUGGCCGAGAGAUGAUGCCCCUGCCCCAGCCCCAACCCCAACCCCGGCCCUGGCCCCACAGGAACAGAGCAGCCCCAGAUGUGCCCACGAUAGACACUGGGUAUGAUUCCCAGCCUCAAGAUGUCCUGGGCAUCAGGCAGCUGGAGAGGCCAUUGCCCCUCACCUCCUCGUGUUACCUGCAGGACCUCCCUGGGCCUCUGAGGUCCAAGGAAUUUCCUCAGUUUGAACUUCAGAGGUAUCCAGUGGAUGCACGGAUGCUGCCUCCCAACCCUUCCCUACAGGCUCCGUGGAACUAUCCAUACUGUUGCCCCGGAGAGCCCUAUCACCACCAGGUGCCAUAUGGUCAUGGCUACCCUCUGGCAGCAGCCUACCAGCAGGUUAUCCAGCCCGCUCAGCCUGGGCAGGCCCUUCCUGGGGCAAGGGUGAGAGGUCUGCGCCCUGUGCAGGUCAUCCCGAAUGACUCCAGCCCCGAGGACCAAGAAGAGAGGCCUGCACAGAGAGACUUCUCUUUCCCGAGGCUCCGAAGGGACCAGCUCUACCACCCGCCAUCUGAUGGAGCUGCUGCUGCUCCUGAGGAGUCCUUGGACCGUCCUGCAGAGCUCAGACCACAUGGUCCCCAGGCUCCAUCCCCAGCUGCUGUGCCUAGACCCCCUAGCAACCCCUUAGCCCGAGGAACUCUAAAAACCAGCAAUUUGCCAGAGGAAUUACGGAAGGUCUUUAUCACUUAUUCUAUGGACACAGCCAUGGAGGUGGUGAAGUUCGUGAAGUUUCUAUUGGUGAAUGGCUUCCAAACUGCGAUUGACAUAUUUGAGGAUAGAAUCCGGGGUAUUGAUAUCAUUAAAUGGAUGGAGCGCUACCUUCGAGAUGGUCUGCUCCUACUGACUGCGCCAAUGUGCACAGGAGAAGCAGGGCAGUGGAGGUGCAUGGUGACUGACAGCUCACAUCAGGCUGCAGGGAAGAAGGGCGCUUUUCCGUCGUGCAGUGAUGUCUCUCUGCCUCCAUGCAGAAAGACAGUGAUGAUAAUCGUAGCAAUCAGUCCCAAAUACAAACAGGAUGUGGAAGGCGCUGAGUCGCAGCUGGACGAGGACGAGCAUGGCUUACAUACUAAGUACAUUCAUCGGAUGAUGCAGAUCGAGUUCAUAAAUCAGGGAAGCAUGAACUUUAGAUUUAUCCCUGUGCUCUUCCCGAAUGCCAAGAAGGAGCACGUGCCGACCUGGCUUCAGAACACUCACGUUUACAGCUGGCCCAAGAAUAAGAAAAACAUCCUGCUGCGGCUGCUCCGCGAGGAAGAGUACGUGGCCCCUCCCCGCGGUCCUCUGCCCACCCUUCAGGUGGUACCCUUGUGACAACAGCCAUCUCCAGCUCAGUGCCAGCCUGUCCUCACAGCAUUCUUCUAGCUGAGCUGAUGGGUAACACCUCUUCUACAGAGUUCCCUGCCUCCUGAGUCUGGGUUGUCUUCCCUGGGCUCCCAGUGCUUCAGUGAGUGGAUGACCACACCGACUCUCAUCACUUCAGCUACUUUAUGAGUUGGCCAGAGCUGUGUCCUUAGACCAGUCUGAAUCAUGUUCAAAUAAUAAAAUGAUUAUUCUUUGUAA